CACAGCGAGGCGAGCGCGGCGGCGGCGGCGGCGGCGGCGGCGGCUUGAGGGUGGUGGCGGUGGCAGCGUUCGCGGGCUCGGGGGCGACUCGCCGAGGGAGGAAGCGGUGGAGGAAGAGGCGGCGGCGGCGGCGGCGGCGGCGGGGGUCGUAGCGGUGGCGGAGGAGGCGGGUACGAAUCGGCUGCGGGCGGAGACAUGGCCAACAUCGCGGUGCAGCGAAUCAAGCGCGAGUUCAAGGAGGUGCUGAAGAGCGAGGAGACGAGCAAAAAUCAAAUUAAAGUAGAUCUUGUAGAUGAGAAUUUUACAGAAUUAAGAGGAGAAAUAGCAGGACCUCCAGACACACCAUAUGAAGGAGGAAGAUAUCAACUGGAGAUUAAAAUUCCAGAAACAUAUCCAUUUAAUCCCCCUAAGGUCCGGUUUAUCACUAAAAUAUGGCAUCCUAAUAUUAGUUCCGUCACAGGCGCUAUUUGCUUGGAUAUCCUGAAAGAUCAAUGGGCAGCAGCAAUGACUCUGCGCACGGUAUUAUUGUCAUUGCAAGCACUGUUGGCAGCUGCAGAACCAGAUGAUCCUCAAGAUGCAGUGGUAGCAAAUCAAUACAAACAAAACCCUGAAAUGUUCAAACAGACAGCUCGACUCUGGGCGCAUGUGUACGCUGGAGCACCAGUUUCUAGUCCAGAAUAUACAAAAAAAAUAGAAAAUUUAUGUGCUAUGGGCUUUGAUAGGAAUGCGGUAAUAGUGGCCUUGUCUUCAAAGUCCUGGGAUGUAGAGACUGCAACAGAACUGCUUCUCAGUAACUGAGGCACAGCGCUGCUGAUAGAGUCAAGCUUGCCCCUUCUUGAGGCGAAUCACCAUCUGUUAUUUUUAGGAUUCUGCAUAGAUUUCUUUUAAACUGGCAUUCUUGCCUAAUGAUGUUAUCUAGGCACCAUUGGAGACUGAAAAAAAAAAUCCCUGCUAUGUAAAUAAAGCUAAUUAAACGUCUGUGUAAAUUUAAAAAGGGGAAAUACUUUAAUUUUUUUUCUUGAUAGUGUAAAAAUUCUUUCAGCUAAGCUAAAACCAUGGAAAAAACAUGCUACUUUAGUGUUUAGCAGUGUACCAAGACUAGCAAGAGUUUGCUUCAGGACUUCGUUGAAUAAUUAAGACAAUAUUUUGAGUGUGUCAGGGCCAUUCCGACUGUGGUGUUGCAUCCCAGCUACCUACUGUUUCUACCAUGGAUCUCUGUGCCUGUGAAUUGACUUGCAUGCUUGUACUUGACUUAGGAUGGGUAGCUGAAAAGACCACCAUUUUAAGCAUUUGAGAAUUCUAACAUAUAAAAUUUAUUCAGAAUUGAAUGUGGUGACCUAUUCAGAGCCUUUGUCCCUGUCAGCAGACUGGGAAACCAUAUCUGUUCCCCCCCUCACCACACAGCUGAUAUUCCAAGAGCAGUUUUCUCUAUUCUUCAUACAGUGAAGAUACAGUGGAGGGCCCUAGUCCUUGCUCCACUGUUAGGUUGUCCAUGUAAAAUAUUUUUGUCACGAUUCUCUACUUGGAAAGCUUAAGUAAGAUUGUGAAAAUGGAGCUACCAAUUUUCUCUAGCAAAAGCAGUGAAUACUGAAUGUUACAGUAUUUCCAGAUGUAAUGAAAAAAAUCCAACUUAGUUCCUUGGCAAAUUUGACAUCUGUACUCAAACAGAUUUUUUUUUUGAGAUCAUUAAAGGAAGAAAUUGACUAUAGCAGUUUUUAGCCUAAUUUUGGCUGAGACUACUUAUCAAAUACUUCUAAAGUCACACUUGCACUUACCCUACCGAUUCAUGAAAGCUGUGUUGGUGUUUUACUGUACAUACUUCAGAUGCACAUAGGAAUAGAAGUGUGUUAUAAAAUCUAGCUUUCUUUAUGAUGUUUCUGAUAUGAAAAUUGAAAACUUUACCUUUUCUUGUAUAUAGUCAGACUUUCUAUUCAUAUUAAAGUUACAUUUCAUUCUGAGUUCAAAAGUUUGAAAAUUAUUAGUUUUGCAAGCUCAAACACUAAUGUGACCAUUUUAUGAAGGUUGAAAUGGAUUUAUGCAGACAGUUCCAUACACAGAAACAGUUCUUAGUGAAGUUUCAGGACCAAUAGAAAAUAAUAAAAAUGUAAUGGAAUCAGAAUGAAUUAAAGCAAGGCUGUAUAUUGAAAGUCGUCAUAAGAGGUUUGCUUUCCUCGAGUGUUAUUUAUCCUAAGUUAUUAUCAUAUGUGUUGGAGAACCAUUUUAAAAUCAUUAAUUCAGCAUAGUUUCAUUUGACUUCUCAAUAAUCUUAGAAGCAAUAAAAGGACCAUUAUUAAAUAAUACUGUAAUAUUAAAGAUGUGAAGAUUCUUCAAGAACCUUGUAAGGCUUUCCUGAUCGACAGUAAACUCUUGUAGUUGUAUAAUUGCAAACUAAGCGCAAGUCGCUAUGUUUUUUUGCCCUGUAUGUUUCCUUAAGCAUAAAUUUCUUUAUACAAUCACCUCCCUUAAUUGUUGUAGUUUAGUUACUUUCUAAAGAUGCCAAAGGAAUCAAGAUUUUAUUUAUUUUAAAUAGCUGAAACCAUGUACUUUAUAUUUUGAAGUAAGGUGGGAUUGUGUGAACAUGUGGACAGUUUGUUUCAUUGUUAGAAUUUUUUUAGUGAAGGGAAGCUUGGUGAUUUUAGUCAUGUUUGAAUUAUUUCAGAUAUCAAACACAUCCUCCCAGUUUACUGUUGGCCUGCAUUGCCAGGGUAUAUUUAAUUGUCCUCUGUUCAGACAAAGGAGAGGAGAACGUAGAGGCUUUCUGCUAGCGGUCCAGCAUGGUGACUUCCCGCGGAGGCUGCCCUUGCUUCCCUCUGACCUGAUGUGCGUGGAGAAAGCAGAGCUCUCAGCAUGCCCAGGGCCCAGGAAAUCAUAGCAUACCAUUUGUGGAGAGGUUCUCCAGGAAGCAUUUUCAUUCCAAAAAUUUACCUCAUUUAUGUUUAAUGUGACGUUCCCUCUCCUUUCCUGGCACUUUUCCUACUGUCUUCCUGGGUUUUUUGCUGUUGACCAUUGUUUGUGUGUGCUCGUUUCUGUGGGGUGCCAUGGAUCAGAUCAGAGCCUUCAUGCAUGCCAGUCUGUGCUCUACCACUGAGUUACAUUCCUAGCACCUGAGCUUUUUUUUUUCCACUUUACAUUUACAUUUAUUUUCCUCAGCAUAGAGAUCAAGGCAAUAGACUAUUUUCCUGUGGUCUUAACUCUGCUUCUAAAAAGAACACUAAAAUUUCAGGUACACAGGGAAAAGGUAACCCUGGUAGAAAUUUUUGCAAUUUGUCAUUUAAAAGCCUUCAGAAAUUAAUGUUGGGGAAAAAACAUACUAUGAUAGCUUUUAGGGCAGGCGACCUAUUUGUUUAAGGUCAAUGCGCAUUUUAUUAUGCCAUUUCUUUGCUGAAUAUGUGCCUGACUUUUAAAAGAACAAAUAACUAGUUGUAUAGUGUUUCAUUACAAAAUAGCAAUUUUCAACCCAAAUAAGUGUACAGUAAUUGGUAUGUAAAAUAUGUGAGGAACUUGGUACUGAAUAGAUGAUCUGAAUUAACCCCUUCAAAUGUUUGAAAGUAUAACUAUGAUUUAAACACACUCAAGGGAAAUGUUGAUGUUUGAAUUCAAUUUUUUUUUGAAUUUUUUCUUUUGAAUAUUUUGAUUUUCAGGAGAAUCAUACAUGAAAUGAAAGGCAACUUUUUUCCUUUUGGGAGAAGACUUUCACAUGUGAUUGUUGGUGGCAUUUAAAACUAUGCAAAAUAGUCUUUUAAGUAUGAAAAAGAAUUGGCCGUUAAGUGGAUAUUACUUAUUUAUGCACUACAGAAUGCAGCAUUUCAGAUUAUUUGUUUACUAAGCUGCUAAUAAGUUUAUCAAUGUGAAAAGCAGGUCUUGCUUUAAGUGUACGCCUGACUUGAGCUUUUAAAAACUUUAUAAUAGGAGUAUGCAAAUGUUCCUAUAAUCCUUGUAGUUACACAGUAUAAGACAAUUUAAAGAUUUAAAAUUCAGGAAGGGAAGAGUUCGAGCCGGGUAUACCUUUUUUGUACAUAGAUGGAAACAACAUUUGGGUGUGAAAAAGGAAGCCGUCUGUUUACAGUUAACUUGAUUUCACAGAUUUUUACUUAAUGAUGUAUUGAUCACUAUUUUCUAGUUCGAGAAAUUUUAAUUCCAGGGUACAAACCAUUGAUUCAAUUUUUUGGCAUUUCCAUUGUUAGUGCCAGUUCAAAAUCAGUGCUUGACAUCAGCUAUUUACUGUGACCGGGGAAGAAGACAACUUGAAGUAUUCAGUAGUAAAUAGCCUUUUCCCCACGUCUGAAUCUUGUGCAGUGUCUGCAUAGUGUGUCACCUGUUCUGUUCGCACUGUUGCAAUAUGGUUCAAAGUAUUGUGGCAGAGGGUCGGGGAUACCAGUUUCUCCCUGGGCCCAUUUGUUCCAUUACUGCUUGGUUGGACUGAUCUGUUCCUCAUCUGCCUGUGGUCCUCACCUAAAUGUCAGUUGUGAAUGUGUCGUCUGCUUGAUGACUCCGGCCAUGCUGCUAAUGAAGUGUGGCCCCGUUUUAUCCAUUAGGCUCAAGGGGGUGAGUGGCUGCAGAUUGCACUGUUCUGUCCAAUGACCCUUGUGUGCUUGCUGUUAGCUACUUUUACAGGCAUCAUAAUAAAAGCUAGACUAUUUCUUUUUGGGGGGAAGAGACUUAUUUAAUGUAAUUUAAAGACUUUUCCGAUAGAAAAUGAAAUACUAUUGAAAAUAUCUAUUUUUCAGCUUUCAGCAAUGGAUGGUGCUUUGCUGUGGUGUCUGCUGGAAGUCUACUGCCAUUCUAGGGAUUCUCAUGAACCUCACUGAGAAAGGACCUUGCUUGUUAGCUUCUCUAGAUCUCUAUUCUAAACAAUCUGUUAGUGAUGACAAAUUCUGUAGGAGGGUCUAUUCUGAGCCGUUAACUUCCUGUAAGGGGAAAAUGGGUGGGUUUCCAGAAAGACCGUUGAAACAGGGUGGGCUGCGGGUGGAGGGUAGGGUAUUGUCUUGAGAAUUAAAAACUAAAAAACACUUUUGUACACAACUGAUUUUUUUAAAAAAUAAACACAUUUUUAAAGAUGUUGAAUUUUUUUUCCCCCCUUACUGGGAAUUCUUAAAAAUAAAUGCAUGCGUGUUUUCCCCUUAAAA